AUGGGCAUAAAUGGAGCCUCAUUAUCAGAGACAGGACUCGACGUCAAGGAGGAGAGUGUCGAGGAUGAGGACUUGGGGUCUGGAAUGGAAGGGUUCAGAGAAGGGCUCCACGAGAGGGAUGGGACCCUAAAGAGUCAAAGUGGAGGAUCUGAUGUCAGGGGAGCUGCCAAGAGAUUGGUCCCCAGCUCGUCAGAUAAAAGGGCCAAGGAAUUGCUGAGAACCUCAGAGUUGGGUGAAACAGGCAAUACACAGGAAAGACCCAGGGCAGAGCCUCCCCCCUCGCUCUGGUCCUUGUACAUUCAGCCAAAGAAACCAGAGCCUGGAGGAAUUUUGUACAUCCCUGGGGUGGAAUCAAGGUUCCAGAUUGAGCACGAGAGCCAAGUAUCACUCACUAUGUCUUCGCACCUUGUCCUGCUUCUCCUGAUGUGCCUGACCCUGGAGAUGGCAGGUUCUGAGAAGGAGGAGCCUGCCCCUCGCUAUGGAAAUAAGCUCUGGUGGUUUUUCUUGAAUGAGAAAGAAGAUUCCGUUCCAUCCCACCAUUUGGUGCAGGAGGAGAAAAGAGGAAAGGCAGGCCAAUUCUACGGACUGAUGGGGAAACGGGCAAGAGGGAAGUCACUGAUCCAGUCAGUGGAGCACAAAGCCCUCUCUGUGGCCUGGGACGAUAAGGACCAAGUGUCAAAGCUGGAACCUUGACCCUACACUACCAAGAAUGAAAACUCCCCCUGUCCCACAUUCCCCAUCACUUGGAGGUCACACCUGAUGAGGCCUUGGUCUGCCAGUCUCCCAGAACCCCCCAAUACAAUCUCCCACUGGCGUUUGACAUUGGCCAUGCACUGACACCAAACUGAUCAUGUCUUUUUUGAGUAUGUGGUACUCUCCUAUCAGAUUGCUAUGUUAAAAUGUGUUGCCAUCUUGUUGAAUGACCUACUUUUUCCCCCUUCAAAUGUCCCCCAAGUCCCUGUUCCCCUGGGGCUUCUUCUCCCUCAAGGCACAAGAUCUGGGGACUUGGUGUAAACUCGCCAAAACCAGUUGGCUCCAUUGUUGCUGCUCCCACCUCCCCUUCAGGGUAAUGGCGAGCCAGCUCUGUUUCCAAGGAGAAAGAAAAGCUGCAAUGGCCUGAACUGUGACUACUUAUUGGUGUGAACUAGCAGGGACCUUAGAGGUCAUCUAUUCCUUUAUUGUACAAAUGAAGAACUGGGGCCAAGAGAAUUGGGGUCAGGUGUCUGCCUUACAAGUCUAGGUAUGGGGGCUGUGAGGUGGCCCAGCAGAUAGAACACCGGGCCUAGAGUUGGGAGGUCCUGGGUUCAAAUUUAACCUCAGACCUUUCCUAGCUGUGUGACCCUGGACAAGUGACUUAAUCCUGUUGGUCUAUUAAAAAAAAAAAU